AUGGACAGGCCACAACCCAAGCCCUUCCCCUUGGCUCCCGUGACGGCGUCUAUCCUCGCCGAACGAGAAACAGAGCGCAGGAACCAUCUCCGCCAACUGGGGUAUUUCAAAACAGCGUGUUCCGAAAUAGACGACUACGUCCUGCUAGGUGGUCUAGAGAGGGGACACGUCGUGGGCUUGAGCGCAGAAGAAGAGUCCUUUGGGAUAGCCCUCGGCCUGCAGGUCCUUUCCAGGGCGCUGCUCGAGCCCCGCCAGCAGCGGGCGCUGGUCAUCACGCCCAAGCCGGCGGGCGUCAUUCUGCGGUCGCUGAGGGACGGCGUCGCGGCCGAGCUGGCCCACGAGGGCGUGGCCCCGGGGGACGUCGAGCCGCGCGUGAGGGCGAGCCUGGACUGCGUCAUGCUCUCGUGCGUGUUCGACAUGGACGGCCUGUGGGAGGUCCUGGCCGAGCUGGACAGGAGGGGCCGGGCUUCUCCUCCUCCCCCGGGGGACCGUGUACCGCCGUCGCCCGCUUCCGAGAUUCAAGACAGCGAGGAGGAGGACGAGGGGCCCUCGCCGCCGCCGGCCGCGGAGUCGCCGCCCCCUUCCGUCAUCCUCGUCACGCACUUCUCGAGCCUGCUCACGUCGCUCUUUGCCCGGCGCGAGAGGCCGGCCGCCCACGCGAACUUGUCCCUGCUCGCCUCGCGCCUGCGCCACCUCUCGCGCAGUUUGCCCUCGAACCCGCUCGUCCUCAUCCUCAACUCGACCACCUCGUCUACCGACCCUCAUGGGCCGGAACCAGGCAGGCACCCUUCUGCGGCUGCCGGCAGCGGCAGGCCGCUUGAUCCCUCGCUGCGGUCGAUAUUCAACCCCCCGCCGCUCCCUAUCCCCGGCUACGUGCCUACCUCAUCGAGGCGCAACAAGCCUUCGUUCGGGCUGGUGUUUACGCAGUUGCUCGACCUGCAUCUCCUGGCUUCUCGGAUCCCCAGGACGGCGGAAGAUGCAGAGGUCGCACUGGGGAGUACUGCGCUGGAGGCAAGGUUUGUUACCGUGGUGGAAGUGCUGUUGGAUGAGAUGGGCCUGUGGACGGGGAGGAUGGGGAAGAGGCCGAAUAGGGAGCAAAGAUGGGCUGCAGUGCAGGUCGACGGCGGGAGAGUCGUGGAUGCGUUUGGGAAGCAGGAGAUGGCCGCUGUGACGGAGAUUCGUACGUCUGGAGGGUUCGGGGGACGAAGGCCAUAG